UACAGGUCUUCCUUUAGUUAUUUUUAACGUAUUUUUACUCAGUGCUUAUGUUUUUCCUUAUAAUGCUUCCUGUCUAAAGGUUAAUUUCUAGACGUCCCCUCCACCAAAAAGUUUCUGACUCACGUAAAAUAAGUCUGAUUCACGAAAAUUAGUUUCGUAACGGUAAAUAAUUUAAUUCUUAGUCCUUCUCCUUGAAUUUUUUUCCAUAAAAUAGAAGGAAGUUGAAUUGACGAACACCGAUAUCGACGUUAAUAUUUAUGCAGUAUAUUACAUCUACUACGAUACGAUGCAAUUUCAGUUAGGCAUGUCAUGUAUAAAUUAAUUAACUAAACCACAAUCACGUCAAUGAAAGUAAUCAAUAACCAUCAAUGUAGUACGCGAUAUGUCAAACACUGGCCCUUGCGCAGAAAAAGUAAAAGACGUUAUGUGCGGCCAGUACGCUCAGGAACGGGACGCGGGAACAACGGGCUUACACGAUUAAAAAAGAAAAUAAAAAAAAUAAAUAAACACAGCCCUACAUAAAAACAAGCUAUCUAUCUUUGAGUCAUUAGAUAGAUAAUAAAUGUGCUAGGGUCAGCACAUAACUUGCUUUCAUUUCAAUAUCAUUCUUAGUCGAGACAUCGCGUCAAUCAUACGCUCGUCGGUUUUUAUUUUUGUAAAUUAUUUUUUUUAAACAUGCGCCCUCUGUAUGCAAAUUAAGUAUCAGUCGGUCGUCGGGUUAUCGGUGCAUUCGAUUUAUUUUUUGUUUUACGAAAUAAAAAAAGAUAAGGGCGUCGGAAAGAUGGUGAAGAAUCAGUGUGAUGCGCGGCCAGUGAAAGCUUACAUCAUGAGUGACUUGCUGAAGAAGUUCGACAAUGAUACGAGGAACGAUGUCGUUCAAAUUGCCGUCGCGAUCGCAGGAUUCUAUCUGGGUGUUUUUUGCCUGGAGUAUGUGGACACAGAGUACAGUCUAUGGCUGACGUGGUUCCUGAUGCCGGUCAUCGUCACCUUCUUACUGCCAGCCGUCAUCAUCGUCCUCAUUUACAUCAGUGCCAUAAUCUUCCAUCUCUACCGGCUUUACAGGAUGAACGUGGUGGACGGCGUACAACCGGACUGGAAGCAUGCAGCACGACUCGCCGUGUGCGCGCUGUGGGACGCACACGGCUGGUUGUGGCAUGGUUACGACAUAAAAGGUCUGGAGAACAUACCGGAUGGUCCGUUCUUAGUGAUCUACUACCACGGAGCUCUGCCCAUAGACAUGUACUACUUCAUCGCCCGAAUGUUACUCUUCAAGCGACGGCAUAUACAUACUGUGGCCGACCGGUUCAUGUUUAAGAUACCUGGUUGGGCGACACUCCUAGAAGGCCUAUGCGUAAUUCCGGGCACGGUGCAGACGUGUGCAUCAGUGUUGCGUAAUGGCAAUCCCCUGGCGAUAUCACCUGGUGGUGUGUACGAGGCACAGUUUGGGGACCACUACUAUAGACUCAACUGGAGGAACAGGAUCGGAUUCGCUAAAGUCGCUCAGGAAGCUAAAGUGCCCAUCAUACCAAUGUUCACGCAGAAUGUUCGAGAAGCGUUCCGAACAGUCGGUUGGUUGCGAGGCGUUUGGCUGAAGAUAUAUGCCACGUUCAGAAUGCCACUCGCGCCAGUGUAUGGCGGGUUCCCUGUCAAACUCAUUACACAUCUUGGCAAGCCCAUUCCUUACGACCCUGAGCUGACGCCCGAACAAUUACAACGAAAGGUCGCCCACGCGAUAGAGGAAUUAGUGGAAGAACACCAGAGGAUUCCCGGCAGUAUCCUCCAAGCCCUCUUAGAGAGGGUGCACGAAAUCCCCAAGAGGAGGAAAGACCCUCCCCUCACCAAUGGGAAGUGUCAAAAUGGCUCCCUUAAAUUAGAAGACAGUGACAAAAGUGCUAGUGGCAAGUCGAAAGUUUCAUAAACUGAAUUAAAAUUUUUAGUGACUGAUUGAAUAAAUCUUUAAAUAAGUAAUUUUUGUGACUAAAACGCCUAAACGGCUGAAUGUAUUUGGACAAAAUUUCCCAUUUUGUAUAGAAGUGAGUCGAAGUUAGCUGUUGAUAUUUUACUUCGUUACAAGUCGCUGCGGAGAAGUGACUGUCGCUAGCCUGCUUUUUGCCUUUAACAGUUUUCUGUCGGCUGUCAAAAGGUGAUGAGUUGUGAUUUGAAUUUGACUAGAUUUCGGUAAGUUUUUGAACUUAAUCCAGUUUUUUUUUCGAGUCGAAAUUUUUUAAAACUGAAAAAUUUUUGGUGGAAUUUGGACUAACUAAUUACGUUUCUCGUAUAUUGUAUUUUAGUGAAUGGAGCGCGAACCCUAUUACAUAAUUACUGUAAAGUUGAAAAAUGGCUUUAUUGGUCAUUUAUAAAUAAUGGUGUUUGCAACUCUCGUGAGACAUCUUAAAUAUUAAAUUAUUUAUAUUUUGCGUCUUACU